GAACAUUUGAAAAAUGCCUGUCAGGAGGGGGCAUGUGGCCCCUCAGAACACCUACUUGGAUACAAUCAUCAGGAAAUUUGAAGGACAAAACCGCAAGUUCCUUAUUGCCAAUGCACAGAUGGAGAACUGUGCCAUCAUUUACUGCAAUGACGGCUUCUGUGAGAUGUUUGGCUACUCCCGGGUGGAGGUGAUGCAGUGCCCCUGCACCUGUGACUUCCUCACUGGGCCUGACACUACACACAAUUCCAUUGCACAGUUGGGGCAGGCAUUGCUGGGAUCUGAGGAAUGUAAACUGGACAUCCUCUACUACAGGAAAGACACAUCAUGCAUCCGGUGCUUGGUGGAUGUGGUCCCCAUCAAGAAUGAAGAAGGAGUUGUCAUCAUGUUCAUCUUGAAUUUUGAGGAUCUGGCAGCUCUCAUUGCCAAAAGUGCCCGACAGACCCUACACCAGCGUCUGUCCCAAGGAUGGCGAACAGAGGCCACCCAAAUCAAGCCCAACCAGAAUUCCAUGUCAGACUCAGACCUUAUGAAGUACAGGACAAUCAGUCAGAUCCCACAAUUCACCCUCAACUUUGUGGAGUUCAACCUAGAGAAACAUCGCUCAGGCUCUACCACAGAGAUUGAGAUCAUCGCACCUCACAAGGUGAUGGAACGCACACAGAACGUCACCGAGAAGGUCACUCAGGUCCUGUCAUUGGGAGCUGACGUCCUCCCUGAGUACAAGCUGCAGGCGCCACGCAUUCACCGAUGGACCAUCCUGCACUACAGUCCCUUCAAAGCAGUAUGGGACUGGCUGAUCCUCCUGCUGGUCAUCUACACAGCUGUCUUCACGCCCUACUCAGCUGCCUUCCUGCUCAAUGAAGAGCAGGAGGAGAAGCGUUCAGAUUGCAGUUACUCAUGUGACCCACUCUACAUCAUUGACCUCAUUGUAGACAUCAUGUUUAUCGUCGACAUCAUCAUCAACUUCCGCACCACUUAUGUUAAUGUUAACGAUGAGGUAGUAAGCCAUCCAGCAAAGAUUGCCAUCCACUACUUCAAGGGCUGGUUUCUCAUUGACAUGGUGGCAGCCAUCCCCUUUGACUUGCUCAUCUUCCGCUCUGGAUCAGAUGAGACAACAACUUUGAUAGGGCUGCUGAAGACAGCACGGCUCUUACGCCUGGUGAGAGUAGCCCGGAAGUUGGACCGCUAUUCUGAGUAUGGGGCUGCUGUGCUCUUCUUGCUCAUGUGCACUUUUGCCCUCAUUGCCCACUGGCUUGCCUGCAUUUGGUAUGCCAUUGGCAAUGUGGAGCGUCCCUACAUGGAGCAUAAGAUUGGAUGGCUGGACAACCUCGGUGACCAGAUUGGCAAGCGCUACAAUGACAGUGACCUCUCAUCUGGCCCCUCCAUCAAGGACAAAUAUGUGACAGCCCUCUACUUCACCUUCAGUAGCCUCACCAGUGUGGGUUUUGGCAACGUCUCACCAAAUACCAACUCUGAGAAGAUCUUUUCCAUCUGUGUCAUGCUGAUUGGCUCUCUCAUGUAUGCCAGCAUUUUUGGCAACGUCUCUGCUAUCAUACAGCGCUUGUACUCAGGCACAGCUCGCUACCAUACCCAGAUGCUAAGAGUUAAGGAAUUCAUCCGCUUCCACCAAAUCCCUAACCCACUACGCCAGCGCCUUGAAGAGUAUUUCCAGCAUGCUUGGUCCUACACCAAUGGAAUCGACAUGAAUGCGGUGCUGAAAGGGUUCCCUGACUGCCUGCAAGCUGAUAUCUGCCUCCAUCUCAACCGCACCCUACUCCAAAAUUGCAAGGCCUUCCGAGGAGCUAGCAAAGGUUGCCUACGGGCCUUGGCCAUGAAGUUCAAGACGACUCAUGCGCCACCCGGUGAUACCCUGGUGCAUUACGGAGAUGUCCUCACCACUCUCUACUUCAUCUCGCGUGGUUCCAUCGAGAUCCUCAGGGAGGACAUUGUUGUGGCCAUCCUAGGGAAAAAUGACAUCUUUGGGGAGCCUAUCAGUCUCUACGCCAGGCCUGGGAAAUCCAGUGCAGACGUGCGAGCCCUCACUUAUUGUGACUUGCACAAGAUCCAGCGGGAGGACCUCCUGGAAGUCUUAGAUAUGUAUCCAGCCUUCUCAGAUAAUUUCUGGAGCAAUCUGGAGAUAACUUUCAACCUGAGAGAUGCAGGCAGCGUUCCUCGCUCAUCCCUCAGUGAGGAGUAUGCAUGCAGCUAUCGCCAGGCACGUCGCCAUAAGCAUUCCCUUUGCAAAGGGAACGAAAUAGACUCAGAUAACUUGGAUGCGGGCAUCUCAGACCCACAACAGUACCAUGCAUACACUGAGCUCACACAGUUGCAGCAUCCCCACAGCACGGACCACUGGGAUGAUAUGUGUAGCACCACAACAACCUGCUCUCAUGCUAGUGAAGAGGAGACCAAGAUGCCUAACUCCAUUAAGGAUGAAUCUUUCACAACCAGUGAAAAGAACUAUGCCCCAGCUGUGGUAAACUUGGUCAGAGAUGGCACUGAGAUUGGCAAAUUGGUGACUGAUGACAGCCUGUCCUAUGCAGCAACACCUUUGGAUGUUUCCAACCUAUUCACAUUCUGGGAGGACAAGAGGUCCAGCUCCCUUACAGAGCCUCUCCAGCACAUGUCCUUGGUACAUAGCCCAUUGGACAUGCCUCCCAACUCUGAUGACAGACCACAGCAGAUUGAAUCUAAACUAGAGUGCUUGCAGGCACAGCUCAGCAGGCUGGAGUCCAGGAUGUCUUCUGACAUGAAUCUCAUCCUGCAGCUGCUACAGCGACAGCUGUCUCAAGUGCCACCUGCAUAUAGCACCAUCUCAUCAUCCUGCCAUAACCUGGCUUUGUACAGCAUGAGCCUGAGGAACACAGAACCUGAAAUUCCACCAGGAGAAGAAGAACUGAUUCCCACAAAGGAGACUCCAAGCUACACAGAAAUUGAAAAAAUCCAGCUGAAAUCCAGGGACUCCUUGUCAAGUGGUAUACAUCUGACUGUGGCUUCAGAUGAAACCAUGGCAAUCAAUUCUGAGCAAGAGCAUUACUCACAGACCCUGCCAAACCUAGAGCCUCACCGGAAGGCACCAGGCAACCAGGGACUCUUCCAAGGUUCUCGUUUCCCCUCCCUCCCUGAGCACCUUGAGGCCCCUUCUGAGCAUUUGGACAUUCAGAGACAUCUGUCUGAUCCAUUGCUUCCUGGGAGUUAGGAAUCUAAUUGAGCUCAAAGCCAAGUCAAGAGGAACCUGAACUAAGAAGUUGCUUAGCUGAUUUUAAUUGUUCCACUUGGAGGACAAUGCAUAUGGCUCAGGGCAUUACUUGUAGCCGUCUUCUGCCCUCUCUGAACUCAGGGUAUUUUAAGAGGAUUGGCUUCCAAGAUGAUUGAUCUCAGAAAUGGUACUCCAUAGAGUGCAUAUCUUCCACACACACACACAAGCUCCAAGAAGAAAGACAUACAGAUGCUGAUUGACUUUUUCCUUCACAUCCACAGUCUUGCAUCUGUUAACUGCAAGCUCUGCAAUGCCGGAGUCUGCAUCUAUUGGUAUUUGUAUGAUAACUAGUAUGGUGAAGAAGAGGAGGAGACCACUAAGAACUUAACAAAAUUAUCUUGGGUUGUAGGGUACCAAGAAUGAAUGUGUCUUUCAUUGAUACUUCCAACUAGUAUCUGAGGAUGUGUCUUUCAUUGAUACUUCCAACUAGUAUCUGAGGAUUCUAGUAAUUCUGUAGAACCCUGUGAAGUAAGGUGGGAAGAGUAAAAUGAAGCCGCUACUUUGUACAUGGGAAUAUAAUGAACUAUACAAUAACCUGCCCUAGUUCAUACUAAGGGAAACUUUGUAUGUUACAUUUUUCUUGCGUGGACGUAAAUCUCUGUUGAGGAAAAAGUCUGUAUACCUUUACAUUUGAAGUACAGGAUGAAGAAGGGGGAAAUGUGUAGUGCAAUCCCAUGUAGGGCUGCCAACAGGAUUUCUGAGCCUGCAGUUGUUACUCAGGCCCUCUUCUGGGGGAUGCCGUCCCUCUGAGCCCCCACCCCAAGCUCUACAACCACCCCCAAUGGAUUAAUUUGUAUGCUCUGUCUGUAGCCCUGAUCAUACGUGUUUGUUCAGAAUUGUAUUUCACCAAGUUCAGUGGAGCAUACUCUCAGCUACAUAUGCAUAGAAAUGCAUCCUCAAUAAAUUAAGCUGGUGAAAUCAGAUCUAUAACAUCUUGGAUCCCACACAACAAACAUCUUUGGGCCUGGGCUAAUGGGUGUGUGUGUCCCAUGCUUUGCCUACCAAUUUGUAAAGUAGGGUUGGCACUCUUCUCACAAUCUGGAGAAAAAAGACAAUUGCAAAAGUAUAUUUUCCAGAUUUUUACAACAUUCCAGAUUUACCUGGCUUUGUACUACAUUCCAGG